AUGGUUGCUAGUAAACGCCCCAAUUUUCUGCUUAUCGUCGCCGACGACCUGGGCUUCUCAGACGUCGGCGCAUUUGGAGGAGAGAUUCAAACGCCUAACCUCGAUUCUCUGGCUGACAGGGGGGUGCGAAUGACCGAUUUUCAUACCGCAUCCAUGUGCUCACCCACUCGCUCUAUGCUGCUGUCAGGUACAGAUAACCAUAUCGCGGGGCUUGGGCAGAUGGAGUUUUGGGGUCGGGGUCGCGAUCCACCAGUUCCUUGGUCUAAGCUGCCAGGCUACGAAGGCUACUUGAACUUCCGAGUUGCCGCUCUUCCUGAGAUACUCCAAGAUGCGGGGUAUUACACUACGAUGUCGGGCAAGUGGCAUCUAGGCCUGACUCCUGAACGCUCUCCCCAUGCUAGAGGAUUCGAUCGUUCGUUUGCCUUGCUACCAGGCGGCUCCAGUCACUAUGCUUAUGAGCCUAAGAAGCCCGAUGGCACACCUGUGUUUGCCCAUUGGGCAAGUUUAUACUACGAGGACGACAAGAAGGUCGAUACCAAGGACUUCCCAGUAGACUUUUACUCCUCAGAUCACUUCUCCACAAGACUAAUCGACUUUCUGGAGGAGCGAGAAGUGAGCAAGGAGCUAAAAGAGAAACCGUUCUUUGCUUUUCUUCCAUUCACGGCACCCCAUUGGCCUCUGCAAGCCCCAGAGGCAAACGUCAAGAAGUACAAGGGAGUGUAUGAUGAAGGCCCGGACGUCCUUCGCCAGUCCAGACUCAAACGACAGGUUGAAAUCGGUAUUAUGCCAGAAAACGUUGAAGCACAUCCUGUCGAAGCCGAAACAAAGGAAUGGGACGACAUGUCAGCAGAGGAGAAGAAGUAUUCAGCUAAGACGAUGGAGGUAUUUGCUGGAAUGGUCGAUAGGAUGGACGAGAAUAUUGGCCGAGUACUAGACAAAAUCAAAGCCACCGGUGAGUGGGAUAACACAUUCAUUCUGUUCAUGUCCGACAACGGCGCCGAGGGUGCAGUCGUGGAGGCCAUUCCAAUGACCGGAGAAGUGAUCAAAAAGAGCAUCGAUAAAUCCUACAACAACGACGUCCAGAACCUGGGCAACUACGACUCAUUUUGCUGGUAUGGUCCGCGCUGGGCUCAAGCGGCGACAGCUCCAUCGAGAAUGCAUAAGGGGUUUGUGACUGAAGGUGGAAUCCGCUGCCCAGCCAUCGUCCAGUACCCACCUUUCCUGCAGACCUCCAAGGCAAAGGGUAUAACAGACUCAUUUACUACCGUGAUGGAUAUUCUUCCAACAAUCCUCGAUUUGGCAGGUAUUUCCCAUCCAGGGGCCACGUUCAGAGGACGUGAAGUGGUGCCAGUGAAAGGCAGGUCCUGGAUCUCUCAUCUGUCCGGCCACAGUCUGCGCGUCCAUGACCAGGAUUACAUCACGGGCUGGGAAUUGUUCUUUCAUCAGGCCAUACGGCGUGGGGAUUGGAAAGCAGUGUUCAUUCCUAAGCCAAGAGGGCCCGAGAAGUGGCAGCUCUACAAUAUGGAGAAAGACCCCGGCGAGGUCCAUGACUUGGCUGAUAAGGAACCAGAAGUACUCAAUGACUUGAUCAAAUACUGGAUGGUCUAUGUUGCCGAGUCUGGGGUAUUCUUGCGAGAAGACUUAGAAGAGGGCUACGUGCUUCCAAAGGGGCCUUAG